ACUGCAUUCAUAAGUGGGGAAUGGUUUCGCAAACGUACAAUUUAUUGACGCAAUAUCCGGUCCGUCUGAUAUUUUGGUCCCCAUUCUCAAAACAGAAACCCUCGAUUUAGAAACGAUAGGCUUUUUUUUAAUUGAUAGUUUUUGUUGUUUUGAAAGAUUUUUUCGUUUUCAUUUGUGUUUUCGAAUCUCUCAGAAAUGUAAGACACGCUAACUACGUAUUGGUGGUUAAAAUGAAGCUAUCUGUUGUCUGGAAGUUCCAGGUUUCGUGGUUUCCGGUUUUGGCACGGAGGUGAGGAUGUGGAGGACAGCGUGUCUGUCCGGCGUGAGGCGGGCAGCGAAAACCCCGUCCCAACUCGGUUCUGUUGAGACACGGGGUCGGUCAUGUCCCCUGUUGUGUCACCAGUUCCUCUCCUCCUCCUCCUCCUCCACGCGGCCCCGCGCGGAAAAACGGAGGCGGAGACUGGAGCGAGACGAGGUCAUCAUGACAGCCCAGCAGCAGGGGACUGAAGGUAAAGAGGGAAAAUGGAGCAAAACACAGGAAGUCGUUUACAGAGAUCCAACACCUCCUGGGAUGAGAAAAGAUGUUAGCUCGGUGUUCCCGUCAUCCUAUAGUCCAGAGUUUGUGGAGUCAAGCUGGUAUGAGUGGUGGGAAAAAGAGGGCUUCUUCAAACCUGAACAGCAUGAUCACCUGCCCCAUCGCACGGACCAGAUUUUCUCUUUGUGCAUCCCGCCUCCUAAUGUGACCGGUUCUCUGCAUCUGGGCCACGCUCUCACCGUGGCUGUGGAGGAUGCUCUGGUUCGAUGGAGGCGGAUGCAAGGCUGCAGAGUCCUUUGGGUUCCUGGGUGUGAUCAUGCAGGCAUUGCAACUCAGGCAGUGGUGGAGAGGAGACUCCUCGGGACGAAAGGGAAGCGCAGACAGGACUUCACCAGAGACGAGUUUCUGCAGGAGGUGUGGAAGUGGAAGAAUGAGAAAGGAGAGGAGAUCUACCAGCAGCUGAGACGGCUUGGAGCCUCUCUGGACUGGAGCAGAGCCAGGUUCACUAUGGAUCCAGGUUUUAGCAGAGCUGUGACUGAAGCUUUUGUCAGGCUCUGCGAUUCAGGUCUGAUUUAUCGCUCAGAGGGUCUGGUGAACUGGAGCUGCGCUCUCCAAUCUGCCAUCUCGGACAUUGAGGUUGACUGGAAGGAUCUGUGUGGGAAAACCUCAUUGUUCGUCCCCGGCUAUGAAAAGCUGGUAGAGUUUGGCGCCAUGUUCACCUUUGCGUAUCCCGUGGAGGGCUUUGAGGCAGAGGUGAUAGUGUCCACCACCCGUCCUGAGACGAUGCUCGGAGACGUGGCCGUGGCCGUCCACCCCGACGAUCCUCGAUAUCAGGCUUUUCAUGGGAAGCAGGUCAGACACCCGUUCACCAGCAGGCUGCUCCCCAUCAUCACAGACCCAACCGUGGACAUGGAGCUGGGAACGGGAGCUAUGAAGGUGACCCCUGCUCAUGACCAUGUGGACUUCCUGCUGUCUCAGAGACACUCGCUGCCACACCUGUCUGUGAUUGAGGGAGACGGGAGGAUGAGCCCUCUGUGUGGGCCGUGGCUGCAGGGCGUGAGGCGCUUCGAUGCCAGGCAGCUGGUGGUGGAUGCUCUCGCUGAGAAAAAGCUGUUUAGAGGGGAGAAGAGUCAUGCCAUGACCUUACCUGUGUGCAGCCGCACAGGUGACAUCAUCGAGCCUCUCCUGAAGAGGCAGUGGUUCAUGCGCUGUGACAGGAUGGCAGAGAGAGCUAUGCAGGCCGUGGAAGACGGAGAGCUGCAGAUCAUCCCCCCGCACUACGCAAAAACAUGGAAGAACUGGCUGUCCAACAUCAGUGACUGGUGCAUAUCCAGACAGCUGUGGUGGGGCCAUCAGAUCCCUGCUUACCAAGUUCAGAUUGUGGGUUCUACCAGCGAACUCCAGGAGCAGUGGGUGUGGGGGCGCAGUGAAGAAGAGGCCCGAAGACGAGCGGCCAGCAGAUAUGGAGUAAAGCCAGAAGACGUCGUUCUGACUCAAGACCCAGAUGUUCUGGAUACUUGGUUUUCUUCAGCGCUCUUUCCCUUCGCCAUGCUUGGCUGGCCAGAACAGACUCCUGACCUGAAAGACUUCUACCCCAAUUCUUUGCUGGAAACAGGCAGUGACCUCAUCUUUUUCUGGGUCGCUCGAAUGGUCAUGCUGGGCACUGAGCUGACGGGACAGCUUCCGUUCCGACAGGUUUUGUUCCACCCUCUGGUGAGAGACAAGUACGGCAGGAAGAUGAGUAAAUCUCUGGGAAACGUCAUCGACCCUUUAGAUGUGAUACAAGGAGUUUCACUGCAGAGACUUCAGGACAAAGUGAAGGAAGGAAAUCUGGACCCCCGGGAGCAGCUGGUAGCCAUGGAAGCACAGAAGAAGGACUUCCCCAAAGGAAUCCCUCAGUGUGGAACCGACGCGUUGAGAUUUGCCCUCUGCUCUCACAGAGUACAGGGAGAGGACAUCUGUCUGUCCGUCUCUCAGGUCCUCACCUGCAGACACUUCUGCAACAAGAUGUGGCAGACGCUGAAGUUCACCCUGGGAGUUCUUGGUGAAAACUCGGCGGUGGUGUCGACGCUGAAAGAGACGGUUCCUGCAGGCAGCGUGGAGCGGUGGAUCUGCUCCAGACUCUACAGCACAGUGCUGCAGUGUGAGCGGGCCUUUGAAGCUUAUGAGCUGCACGCUGUCACCGCCGCCUUGUACUCCUUUUGGGUUCAUAACCUGUGUGAUGUGUACAUGGAGUGUGUAAAACCGGUCCUGGCAAAGCCAGAGGAGGGGGCGGGGAUCCAGAACAACGCUGAGCCCGGUGCCAGCAGGAGUCAAGAGGCCCUCUCCGUCCUCUUCCACUGCGUGUCGGUGUCUCUGACACUGUUGUCCCCUUUCAUGCCCUUCAUCACUGAAGAACUGUGGCAGCGGCUGCAGCCAUUCACCCCCACAGCGCCGGCUCACAGCAGCCUGUCUAUGCAGCCGUACCCCCAGUCCUCCCAGCUGAAACAUUGGCACUUCUCCAAAGAGGAAGAGGACUUCCUGCUGGUCCAGGAGGUGAUCCGGGUGGCUCGGUCCCUGCGAGCGCGGUGUGGCCUCACAAAGGAAAAGCCCACCAUGUGGGUGGUGUGCUCACCCAGCCAGGCCCAAGUGCUCCUACACUUCAGCUCUGCGGUUCAGACCCUAGGCCGGAUGUCCAGCCUGCAGCUCCACUGUCCUGACGGAGAGGGCGCCAAGCUGUCUGAAUGCUCCGCCCCUCCACCUGAAGGAAGCCUCGUGGGUGUGGUAGAUCACACAUGUAGAGUACACCUUCACCUUCAGGAUGUAGUGAAUGUGGACAAACAGAUCCUGCAGCUUUCUCAAAAGAGAGACAAGCUUGUUUCAAAACUGGAGGAAAUGCUCUGCAGAGUACAAUCCCCUGACCACCUGACCAAGGUUCCUGCUCAUGUUAGGGAGCAGAUGGACAAGAAGCUUUCAGCUCUGAAGCAGGAGCUGGAAACUACUGAAGACCAGCUGGAGCUACUGCAGAAAACUCAGGGAGGAAGAUGAGUUCAGUUCCUCGUUCUGAUCACAGCUUAAGCAGAGGAUGGACCUGCCGCCUCGAGGAGAUGAGACCUCUUCUUCUUGUGAUGCAGAGCUGCUCUUCAGGGGGUUAUGGAUGGAUGAAAGUAAUGGACAACCGUCAACAGGUUCACCAGAAAUCCAGCCCAUCUGUCUUGAUGUAUGAAGAGCCCUGAUGAGAACGAACACGAUGGAACUAGAGGAUGAACAGUGUGAAUCUGUGUCAGACUGGGACUACACAUCUACCUGCAUGCUGAGAUGAUGUGAAUAAAAAGACCACAACAGUUGUAAAAAAUAAAUAAAUAAAUAAAGCACCA